AUGGUUGAUCCAUUUUUCACAUUCCAUUCUCGUGAUGAUUAUAAUGUUCAAUUCUAUUAUGCUAUAAUUAAUAGUCAUAGAUAUACUACUGAUAUAAAACAUGGUGGAUCGAUAAUUUCUAUUGCUGCGAAAUUAUUAUAUGAUAAACAUACACCAAUAUAUCAAGUUCAUUUACAUAAAAUUCCCAAUUCAAAUUCAACUGAAAUCAUUAGGAAAAGAUGGUUAUUUGCCAAAAAUAAACAAAUAAAACUGCUGCUGCUGUCAAAAAUUUUGCUGAAGAAAGAUUUGGUUGAUGAUUUUAUUAUUGAUAUUGCUGGAUCUCGAGGAAUUAUGAUUGAUAAAGUGAUUCUUUCCGUUGUUGAUGUUGAUCAAAUGACUUCUUCAAUUGAUACUGGAUCAUCUAAUAGUCUUACUAGAACUGGAUUUACUAAUCCAAGUGUGAUUUCAACAAAAACUUCCAAUUCUCAAUCAAUCACUACAACAACCACCAAAGGUUCUUCUGCUACUACUACUACGGCCACUGCCACUGGUGCUACUGAAACUAUCACCACUACCAAGAUUAUCACAAUUACUUCUUGCAGUAAUGAUAUUUGUCAUUUAACCACUGUUCCUGCAAGUUUGACUACUGUUACAACUACCGGCACAGUCUAUACCACUUAUUUACCUAUAAAUUCUGUGGAAACCGUUGUUUCAACGAAAAUCAUCACCAUUACUUCAUGCAGUAACAACAAUAACAAUAAUCAUGUUUGUCAUCCAACUACUGUUCUUGCUACUCCCUCCACAAUGACUAAAACUAUUGAUAACACAAUAACUGAAUACAUUACUUAUUGUCCUUUAACUCAACAACCAGAACAAUUGUCAACAAUUAAUCCAUAUACUGGUGCAAGCGCUACCAGUGUCACCGCAACAAUUACAUCAUGUUGGGAAGAAACUUGUCAAACAUAUAUUACAACUACCGCUGCUGCUGCUGCUGUUAUAAUUACUCAAACAGAAAUUACCACAGUUGAGACUGUGACACAUGAUACAACUACUUAUUAUGUUACUUAUACAAUUACAUCACAAACUAGUAAUCAAGUACAUACUACAAAGAUUAAUAAUGAGGGUGGUAAUACGAAUGAGUUGAGUUCUAGUUUGCCUGCAAUUACAACUACUGUUGAAGGUAGGGGUAUUAGUAACAAAAUAGAAAAUUUGUUAUCGAUGUUGAUAAUGGUUAUGGUGAUGUGGUUUGUUUAG